GUAGCAACGCGUGUGAACAGUUUGGCAUUUUGUGAUGUGAGAUUUUUAUUAAAACUUUUUAUUAUUAUCUAAACCUUAAUAUUUAAUAAAUAAUGAAUGCCAAUGGGUUCUCCAGAUGAUGGAUACGGAGGUCUUCCGAAGUUAGUGUACGUGCAGACUACGACGACGCUGUGAUUGACUGUGUGCGUCUCUUGGUUAUAACCCAUAAGAUGAAAAUAAAAACUGCAGGAAUGCAAAUAAAAACAUUAGAACAUAUGUGAUGAGAAACAUUAUAUUUCGAUAUUUAAACGAUACGAGAGCUCGGAGUAAUGAUUUUCAGUGAACACAAACGGCUGGCGGCGCGAAUGUUAUCAUGCUAACUGUUUUCAUGACUAGUGGUGGCUGGUGUUAAUUUAAAAGAUGAUCAAGGAAAAGCACGAGAAAGGAUCAGAUGGUGUCAAAGAAGAGCCGGGCAGCUCUGAUAAGGAUUCCCCCAGCUCAGAUGUCCGUGUGAAGAAGGAGGAUGACCCAACUAGUAGUAAUGUUAAUGUGAAAAAGGAAUCAGGUAGGCCGGUGACCAAGAAUGGUGGUGUUAUUGGCUCAACUAAUUUGGGCUCAUUGCAUGGCUGCACUGAAUUAAAAACAGAAACUGAGGAUACCCCAUCAACAACUGACACCUCGAAUGCUGCACUCAAAGAGGAAAUAGAUCCCGAUAUACCCCGAGGUGCCUUCUCAUUGAAUCUGCCUUCUAGUGCUCCAGUGCAGCCACCGGAUGGGGUUCAGCCAUUGGCCAGCAAUGUUAUAAACAAACAACCUAGUAGCAUGGAAGUGCAAUAUAUGCAGCAGCAGAGUCAAAUAUUUGUCUUCUCAACAGUGCUGGCAAAUUCUGGUGCUGAAGAAGUUAUACAUGGCCGGUUCCCUUCAAUAAUUGCAUACCAUUGUGCCCAACCUGGAACAAAGAAAUAUCUUGAGAAAAACCCCCUUAAAAUUACACAAUUCAAUAGACAGAAUCCUGCACAGUGGCUUAAUAGUGUAAUGAAGAAUAACUGCAAGCGUAGUCCUGGCAUUGGACCGAAAAGUCAGCCUUCACUGGAUAACUUUUUGGGCCCAGAAGGUUUGGAGGACAUGGUUGGUCUUGGAGAUGGUGAUAUGCCAUGGGAUCAGAAGAACAAUCAUCAACUGGAAAGUUUAGACAGUGUCAGUAAUGGAUUACCAGAUGUCCCAGACAUGGACUCCUGCAGUCCAUCACUUGCAAAUGUGCAACCCUCAUUGCAGGGUGUUAAAGUGCCUGAUAAAGAUCUUACUCCUCAACAAAGACAGCACCGUGAAGUACAGCUGUCAACCCUGAGAAAAAUGCAAGAGAUGUUGUUUCCUGAAGCAACAAACAGUAACCCAACAGGUACACCAACAAGUGGAGCACCAACAACUGGUCCUCCACCAGUGAGUGAGCCAAUAGACAUGCCCUCAACAAUGAUUUCUGGGAGCCAAGCUCAGUCCAACAUGCCAGGACCAGGGCCUCAAAACCCUGGUAAUAUGAUGCAUUCAAAUAUGGACUGGCCUAAGAUGCAACAGAACUACUUUGACAAAGGAAAGCCGAUUCCUAGGGCUGCAACAGCAACAGGACCUCGCCUUCAAGGCCCGCCUCCACCAUAUCAUCAAACUCCUAGAUCCGCUAGUGUUCCAAUAGCGUUACAAAGCCCAAGUCCCGCAUCACCGAACAACCCCACUUCAAACUUAUCAUUGCCGUCACCAAGGGCUUCAUCCGCAUUGAAUUCACCCGCUGACUCUAACAGGCCAUUCGGACUUAAUAGACAUAUGAGCACAGGGCAAAGUCCCACUUCACAAGACUCUCCAUCACGUCACAAUCACAGUAAUCCUGGCACCCCAGUUUCAUCACAUUUAUCCCCUAGCGUAACCACAAGUACUUCAGAAACAACUACUCAUGCAAGGCCAGGUGACAACUUAUUUACUAGAACCCUCCAAUCCAUAGCAAAGGAAAUGAUGACUACAAACCCAUCUGCUCCCACCAGCGUCGCUAAUACUGCUUCUAAAGAACCUAAUCUCAUGCCAGUUCCAUCUCCACAGCAGAUACAAUAUUUAAAUACUUUUGAAGGCCAAGAAUUAAUAAUACAGAAGCAACCAAAUACAAGUUUAAAUAAAGAAGGGAACAUGAUUUCACCACCUGUUUUACCGACAACUAUGGACAGUGGUUUCCCGGGGAAUUCAGAUAUGGCUCAUAACAGAGUGUCCGGUCCAAAUACACCAACGUCUAUUGAUGUAGGUCCGAGAUUUCCAGGAACACCUUCCGAUGGCUGCAGAUUUCAAGUACCGAGCCCUCAUACUCCUACAGCUCAAGGAGAUAAACCUUCGAGGCUGAGUGGAUCUGGUCCAGGACUAAGUCCGCAGACGUCGGGACCACCAUUGAAUGAUCCAGUAAAAAGCGAAAUGUACCCAUCACCCACACCACACAUGAUGGACGUGACUAGGUUCCCUGGGCCGAGUGCAUCUCCCGGUACGAAAAUGGGCAAUUUUGUGAACGUGUCGCCGUCAGGAAAGAGCCCUCUGGACAUGCCGAACUAUGGCUGUGGGCGCGGUGACAACGUGCCACUAAAUCCAAAUUGCACAAGUACAAUGUCGGGAAAUCCAAAAGUCUCACAUUUCGAUCCGAUUUCUUCGCUUGCUCAAAUGAGUCAACAGUUAACAAAUAGCGUGGCUAGUUCCUUGAAUGGGCAAGGAAAUCCAGGAUCUGGUAUGAUGAAUUUUGGAUCCCCGUCAAUGCAUAUGAUGGAUAUGGGUGGCUGUCAUGGAAUGGGUGACAUGGACCAGGCCUCUGGUAUGAUGGGAAUACCAAUGCAGGGUCCUCCUCACGGUUUUCAUGCCAAUUCCCCGAUGGGCCCGUUACGCUCUCUAUCUCCAAAAUUGCAAGGUGCCUUUCCUAAUCAUAUGCCAAUGCCUCGAAUGAUGGGUCGUCCGCCUGGUCCAAACCCAUACAACGGCGCUAAUGUUCAAGUGAAACCGAAUGCUCCAAACACAAUCCAGUAUAUGCCUGCGAAAUCACAAGUUGGGAACGCUCCAGGUCCCAGAGGUCCACCUAGUCUCGAAUUUUUGCGAUUUACAAGCCCUCUAUCCAACAUCGAUAACAAGAUGCCAUCACAAAAUCUACAAUACUUUCCGAAUUGCGGCCCGAAUAGUGGACCAAUGGCAGGACCAGGCGGUCCAAUGUCGGGUCAUAUGGGACACAUGGAUGGACCUCCCAUGCAGGACGGUCCUAUGGGUGUCGGUCCAAUGAUGGGUGCUCCAAUGGGUAACGGUCCAGGGCCGAUGAUGGGACCUUCCAUGGGAAUGCCCGGAGGCAUGAUGCCCAUGAUGAGACCCAUGCGACCUCCACCUGGUAUGAUUCGAAUGCCGCAAAUGGGAUUUAAUGGUCCCCCAAAUAACGGAGGUCCCGGAGGAGAUGGUAUGUUUAAUCCUGGUCCACCUAACAUGCCAAAUCCCAAUUCUCAAAUGUUUGUAAGCGGAUCUAAAGGGAGCCCCAUGGGCAUGGGUGCUCCCGAUGCAAGCCAACCCUUGCCGCCCUCAAUGGGUCAGAGUAAUAGCUUUAAAAAUUCCCCAUUCGUAGGACCCACAACGGCUGACCCAAAUUACGCACAACAGUUCCACAAUUUCCAGCAGCAACUUUAUGCGACGACAACUCGCAGUCAAAUGGGAGGACAGGCUAUGGGUCCAGGUCCAGGACCUCCGCACACUCAACAGCCACCCUAUUAUAAUCCAAAAUAACCGAACCUAACAUUAACGUUGUGGUGCUGACUUAAUAACUAUAACUUAAGUUAAUAUGUUGACAAUGCUGAUUGAUGACUAUGAUGAUGAUAAUGAUGUUGAGUGGAGUGCGUGUUAGUUGCAGAGAAUUUUGUUUUAUUUUUGAUAUUACUAAUGAAGUAACCUGGCAAUAAUAUGAUGUGAACUAUAUUACUUUGUAUAUUAUCUUGUCUGUUGAUGAUAAAAUGAAAUGAAAAAAAAGAUGAACACAUCGUAUCGCAUCGAAUCCAAGUGCAGUUAAGGGUUGGCAUCCACUGUUCAUGUACAAAGCUGCCGGCCCUACGUGGGCAAUAUAUAUAUAUAUAAUUAUGCCUGAAUACGUGACGCUAUUCUGGAAUUGUGUACAUUUGCCAUAAAGACAAUUUUUAAGUUUUAUUUUACAUAUUAUUAUUAUGUUGGACUCUGUUUUAUUAAUAUAUUAUUUUAUUAACUAUUAGAAUCAGACCCUAUUGGUUCAUAUUGAGGUUUCACUAUUGCUCAUUUAAGUUUAUUUCUAUC